CCUGCUAAACAAGCUGAAAUCCAUCAGAAAUCUGAGUCCUCAGCCAUGGAAGUGCACCCUGUGUGUCCUUGAGAGCCUCCUAUCUCCCUGUGCCGCAGGAACCCCUUUGAGGGAGCCUUUGGGGGGAUGCUGUAACCAGGUGAAGGAUGGACUGACGGAGCCCCAGCAGUUUCUUCUCCACGCAGGGCUGGGGGGCUCAUCCUGCAGGGAAGGAGCCAUUUUUGGACACAAACAUCCCUCUGGCUGCGGCGAGGGGAGUGGAGCUGCCGCGGAUCGAACCCGCUCCUGGAGGGGAAAAUACCACUUCAGUUUGGUGUCUAAUUAGAUAUUUACCAGGAAGGAAGGAAAGAUAUAAAUAGGGUGACAGUGACUUCAAAGGGUGUUUUUUGACUUCUAAGAAUAACACCUUUGCUGGCGCCGGUUUCGGGAAUAUCGGCUGUGCCUGGGUGUGAAAGACGGAGGAGGUGUCGCAGCUCGGUCGGCAGCCAGGGGAGCAAACCCAGACCCCAGCCCUGCUCCAGCCCCACAGACCGGCUGAGGAGGGGACAGAGCUCCUGGAAAGCUCAGCUGCAUCCACAGGGACACAGCAGGGGCACUCUGGGGAAGACCAACAGUGCUGCAACGCGGGCAACAGGAGACGUGUGGCACCAUGGGGACCCCAGCCCUGUCCCCAUGGGCAGUUGUGGUGCUCACCCCGGUGCUGGUGGGACUCUGGGCUCCCUGUGUGGUGAGCAGGCAGCCCAACUUCAUUGUCAUCCUGGCUGAUGACAUGGGCUGGGGGGAUCUGGGUGCCAACUGGGCAGAGACAAAGGAGACCCCACAUUUGGAUCAGUUGGCUGCUGAAGGAACAAGGUUCGUGGAUUUCCACUCAGCUGCCUCCACGUGCUCCCCCUCCCGCGCCUCGCUGCUCACGGGGCGCCUGGGGGUGCGCAACGGGGUCACCCACAACUUCGCCAUCUCCUCUCUUGGGGGCCUCCCCCUCAACGAGACCACCCUGGCCGAGGUCCUGAGGGAGGCUGGCUACAGCACGGGGGCUAUAGGCAAGUGGCACCUGGGACACCACGGCCACCAUCACCCCAACUCCCGUGGCUUCGACUACUACUUUGGGAUCCCCUACAGCCACGACAUGGGCUGCACGGACACCCCUGGCUACAACGUGCCACCCUGCCCACCCUGCCCACAGCACAGCACCUCUGCCAGCAGGGUGGCGAGGAAGGACUGUUACACAGAGGUUGCCCUGCCUCUCUUUGAGAACGUCACCAUCGUCCAGCAGCCCGUGGAGCUGGGCAGCCUGGCCAGGCGCUACGCGGAGGAGGCAGAGCGGUUCAUCCAGAGGGCCAGGGACAGAGGACGCCCCUUCUUCCUCUACCUGGCCCUGGCCCAUAUGCACGUCCCUCUGGUCCCCCCGCUGCCCCCUGCUCCGGGCAGGGGCAUCUACGGAGCCUCCCUGGGCCAGAUGGAUGCGCUGGUGGCACGGAUCAAGGAGGUGGCUGACAGCCUGGGGAAGGGCAGCACGCUGCUCUGGUUCACAGGUGACAAUGGCCCCUGGGCACAGAAGUGUGAGCUGGCAGGACGCCUGGGGCCAUUCGUGGGUGCCUGGCAGAGGCAGAGAGGUGGGAGCUCAGCGAAGCAAACCACCUGGGAAGGAGGGCACAGGGUGCCAGCCCUGGCGUACUGGCCUGGCCGUGUCCCUGCCGGGAGGACGAGCCACGCUCUGCUCAGCAUCCUGGACAUCUUCCCCACGCUGGUGGCCCUGGCUGGGGCAGCACUGCCCCCAGACAGGCGCUUUGAUGGCUUGGAUGUGUCCCCAGUUCUCUUUGGCUGGUCGGAUGUGGGGCACAAGGUUCUGCUGCACCCCAACAGCGGCGCAGCCGGGAAGGUGGGCGAGAUCCAGGCGCUGCGGCUGGCUCAGUACAAGGCCUUCUACACCACAGGAGGGGCCAUGGCCUGUGAUGGCAGCACGGGGCCGGCACAGCAGCACCACCCACCCCUCAUUUUCAACCUGGACCGUGACCUCCAGGAGCAGCAGCCUCUGGAUGUGGCCUCCAGGGAGUACCAGGCAGUGCUGCCUGCCAUCAGCAGGGCUUAUGCCCAAGCUCUGCAGGACAUUGCAGCAGACAACGUCUCGGUUGCAGAUUAUUCCCAGGAUCCAGCUGCAAUUCCCUGCUGCAACGUGCAGCACGUGGGCUGCCGGUGCCACGGGGCUCACCAAACCACACGGGAUCCCCACGUGGAAAAGAGAACACCCUGGCUCUGUCUUUAAGCAAAUAAUUGCUCAGGCUGCUCCUUUCCCAAGGGUGGUGUCUGUGAAUUCCAGGCUGGAGGUGGCCAUGGAGAGGGAUGGAGGCUGUGGUUCCCUUUGCUCCGUGCUGGGAAGAGGGAGGUGAGCUGGUUUUGGGUCUGGGGGAGCACAGAGGGUCCCCUUUGGACCCUGGGCAUGUGGAAGGCUUUUUGUAGGGCUCUUUAUCUGGGAAGAGACAGCUUUUUUAUUAAAACUACCUUCUG